AUGGCCCUCCUCAGCCUCCCCUCCCGGUCCGGCAACCCUACCUCCAAGGCCUCCCGACCUGGUCGCCGCCCCUCCCCAGCCUCCCCACCGCCCUACCUCCCCGCCACGGCGCCGCCACCCCUCCACGGCCUCCCUGCCCUGCCAGUCCGCCACCGCGGCACCACCCCACCUUCCCGCCACCGGCCCACAACACCUCCCCGCUCCCCCUCCUCGACCUCCCUGCCUGAUCGCCCCGCCUCCACGCCGUCGCCCUCCUCCCCGGCCUCUCCGCCCGGCCACGGUGCCACGCCUCCACAAGCCACCACCUCCCCGUCGCCCCUCGCUGGCCUCCGCGUUGCCCUGCAUCGCCUCCCCGCCGCCCCUCCCCGACCUCCCCGCCGCCGCAGCGGGACGAGACUCUCCGACCCGACGGGCGCCCGAAACUCGAUGGGCGCUCGGCAGAGGAGACGAGACAGGAUUAAACAGAAGAUGAGAGCCCAACAAGAGCUCAUACCUCACUGUAAUGAUAAGGCGUCAUUGCUGGACGAGGCUAUCGAGUACCUGAAGUCGCUGCAGCUGCAAGUGCAGCUGCCAUCCUCCGCAGCCAUCGUCGACAAGGUAGCCAGAGAGUAUGGAGCCGUCGCUGUUCUCCUGCACCACCUCAGGUUGCUGCUGCUGAAGGCCGCUGGCUGCCUUAGGUCACCGCUGCUAAAGAGCGCAGUAACACCUGCUAGGAGGGGCAACACGGAGGGCCUGUUGCUAUUUGCUGCUACUUGGCAAUUGAGGAAUGAGGAGGAAGGAGGGGAAGAGCAAAGAUAG